AAAUUGUUGGCGGGACUGAAACUCAACACCCCUGCUUCAUCAAGUUUCAUGUCUUUGAAAGCUAGCCGAAACAUAAUUCAUUUUUUAACCAAAUAGUUCUGGCAAUGGAUUCUUUUUCUUUGUCCACCUUCAUCUUAUGUUAUGCACUCCUCCCAUUUCUUUCUUUUUCACAGACAUCUCCUCCCUUUUCUCAGUCCAUCUUUCCACCCUUCAAUGCCAGCCAUUCCUAUUACAAUGAUAAUUCUGACACUUUCUUGGUCUCUACUAAUGGCACUUACAAAGCUUCACUCACUAAGCCAUACUCAACAUUUUCUGCUUUCUAUUUGUGUAUCAUCCAUAAGGCCUCUAACACCAUCAUCUGGUCAGCCAACCGCAACAUGCCCAUUUCAGUAACUUCUAGCCUCUUGUUCACCAUCAAUGGCCUUAGCAUCAUUGAUGACUCGAACAAGGUUGUAUGGUCCACACCCUUACUCAACUCUCCGGUUGCUGCUCUCCAGCUUUUAGAAACCGGGAACCUCAUCUUGGUUGAUGCAGAAAAUGUGUCUCUGUGGCAGAGUUUUGAUUAUCCAACAGAUACGCUUGUCAUAGGACAGCGUUUGUAUGUUGGUAAAUCAUUAGUCAGUGCUGUUUCAGAGAGUAACUCCUCUGAGGGUGGUUAUACUCUUGCCGUAACCAGUGAGGAUAUGGUGAUGCAAUGGAAGGGCCAGACUUAUGCGAAAUUAUCCAUGGAUACAGAAGCUUACAAGAACUCAAAUAGCCCCGUGUCUUAUAUGGAAAUGAACAGUACUAGUUUGCAUUUGGUUGGGGGUGAUGGCGUGCAGGUGGUUGUUCAAGUUCUUUUGGUACCAUCAGAUACAAAGAUUGCCAAGUUGGGAAAUGAAGGGGUUUUCAGAAUCAACAACAUGGAUGUCAACAAUAUGGUGGCGGAUUUUGCAAUGCCAGUAGAUACUUGCCAAGUUCCAUUCACAUGUGGAAAAAUGGGAUUAUGCACGAAUCAGACGUGUAUAUGCCCUUCAGGUUUUUCCCACAAGGAAUUGAAUAACAAUGGUUGUGUGACAAAACAAGUCUUAGAAGAGACAAUCUCUUUGCCUUCUGCUUGUACUGCAAGAGGUAAUGUUAGUGAAUUCAAUUCCUCGACUUUUUAUGUGGAAAUGCAAAAUGGUAUAGACUACUUUGUUAAUCAUUUCACUGAGCCUGUUAAGUAUGGAGUGCACUUAUCGCUAUGUCAGAAUCUAUGCUCACAAAAUUGUUCUUGCCCGGGCAUUUUCCAUAAAAAUUCAUCUGGUUCUUGUUAUCUUCUUGAUUACAAUUUGGGUUCCUUCGUGUUAAACUCUGAUGCUCAGGGAGGUCCAUUAGGGUACAUAAAGGCUUUCCUAAACGUUUCGACUGAGCAUAAGAAACAUAGUUUUCCAAUGUCAGCUUUGGUGGUGAUCAUAAUGUUGUCGGGGUUGUUCAUGAUAAUCACCAUGGUGGUCCUAGUAAUUAUAUGGUUGAGAAAGAAAAGGCCUACUGGAGUAAAUUUAGACAGAUGGGAUUCAUCUUCAUCAGCAGAGCUGGAGAUGAUCUCUAUUCCGGGUUUGCCCAGGAGGUUUAAUAAUGAAGAGCUUGUAGCUGCAACAGAAAAUUUUAAGAGCCAAAUUGGCAGUGGAGGAUUUGGUACAGUAUAUAAAGGUACUAUACUAGACAAUACUGUAGUGGCAGUGAAGAAAAUAACGAGUUUGGGAGACCGAGGGAAGAUGGAAUUUUGCGCAGAGACAGCAACAAUUGGAAGCAUCCACCAUGUCAAUCUGGUUAAGUUGAGAGGUUUCUGCAUCCAUAGGAGACAAUGCUUUCUUGUUUAUGAGUAUAUGAACAGAGGUUCAUUGGAGAAGAUCCUUUUUGGUAAUGACCCGGUUUUAGAAUGGCCAAAAAGGUAUGAAAUAGCACUUGGAAUGGCAAGAGGACUUGCUUACUUGCACAGCGGAUGUGAACCCAAGAUCAUCCACUGUGACAUCAAACCGGAGAACAUUCUUUUACAUGAUGAUUUGCAAGUCAAGAUAGCAGAUUUUGGGCUUGCCAAGCUGUUAUAUGAUGAGAAAUCCAAACUAUUGACGACAUUGAGAGGAACUCGGGGCUACCUAGCACCUGAAUGGCUAACUAGCUGUGGAAUCACAGACAGAACUGAUGUGUACAGCUACGGUAUGGUUUUACUUGAACUUGUGAGGGGAAGUAGAAAUUGUUUGUUUCAGAGCAGUGGGAAUGAAAAUGGUGAAGGAAAUGGACCGUCAUUCUCUUCUACCAAUUCGGAACUCCAAGUAAUAUAUUUCCCUCCAAUUGCAUUAGAAAUGCAUAAGCUAAAGAGAUACAUGGAACUAGCAGACCCGAGGUUAGAGGGUCAUGUGAGGAGUGAGGAAGUUGAGAAGCUAGUGAAGGUAGCCUUGUGUUGUGUGCAUGUAGUGCCAACACUGAGGCCAAGUAUGAGCAAUGUGGUUGCUAUGUUGGAAGGCAGAUUACCAGUAGGGGAGCCCAGGAUUGAGGCACUUGAAUUUUUACAGCUCUAUGGUGGAAAAUUAAACGAGGCAUCCAGAAAGCUUAGAGGGAGGGAUUCAGUAGUAGAAGAAGAAGUUCGUUCUCUUAUGGCAGAGGAACUUACAUACCUCUGAUUGCAGCAAAAAUCCAAGCUGUGUUCGAGUCAGAAUUUUUUUUUUUUAUAUAUUUUUUAGACAGAACUGUUGUUGGAGGUAAAUUUCUUGUUGCUUAAUUAUGUAAUAAUUUUCUCAUUGAAGGAGCUGUCUUCGUUUCAGAAUUAAGGUGAUUUGUUCAUUGAAGUCUAUUCAACAAAUUUAUCGCUUAGUUUCUGAAGUUAGACAGGAGUCAGACAACUUAAUUAAGGUGUUGUGUCCAUGAAAGAGGGUCAUAUUUCAUUUCACCAUCUGUGUUAAUAUGUACUCAUUUGAUGUUG